UAAUGGGAGGUUUCCAGAACACAUCCCUACUCUUGAGUGUUUACUUUCUUUUCAUGAGCUGUGUGACCCUCUCCCUUCCUUCGACAUGUGAUUUAAGGAGAAAGUUUUAUCUAAACGAGAUGCACAAGUCAGGUGAUGUGGCUCUAGGAGGACUGUUUGAGGUCCAUUACACUUCUGUCUUCCCCAAACUGACUUUUACAUCAGAGCCACAGCAGCCCAUCUGCACAGGCUUCGACACUUUAGGGUUCAGGCACGCGAUGGCCAUGGCUUUUGCUGUCGAAGAGAUCAACAAGAACUCCGACCUUCUUCCCAACCUGACCCUGGGAUACAGCCUUUAUGAUAACUGUGGUGCGCUCGUCAUUGGAUUCAGCGGCGCCUUGUCCCUAGCCAGUGGCCGAGACGAGCAGUUUCUGCUCCGCCAGAACUGUUCUGGAAGCCCUCCUGUUCUGGGCGUUGUUGGCGAUCACUAUUCAACUUUUUCGAUUGCCAUUGCCAAUGUGCUAGGUUUAUACAGCAUGCCUAUUGUGAGUUAUUAUGCCACAUGUUCCUGCCUCAGUGAUCGGCAGCGCUUUCCCACAUUCUUUAGAACAAUCCCAAAUGAUGCUUUCCAGGUGCGUGCCAUGAUUCAUAUUCUAAAGCACUUUGGUUGGACAUGGUUUGGCCUGCUGGUCAGUGACGAUGACUACGGACUUCAUGUGGCCCAGUCUUUCCAGGCUGACCUGGCUGAAUCUGGCGAAAGCUGCCUGGCCUACCUGGAGGUUUUGCCUUGGGACAGUAACCCAGGUGAACUCAGGAGGAUUGUACACACGAUAAAGACGUCAACAGCUCGUGUUGUCAUCGUGUUUGCACAUGAAAUUCACAUGAUUCAGCUAAUGGAGGAGGUGGCACAGCAGAAUGUAACUGGCCGGCAGUGGAUUGCUAGUGAAACCUGGACAUCAGCAGCUGUUCUCCAGACACAGGAACUCACGCCGUACCUCAGCGGCACGCUGGGCAUCGCCAUCCGGCGUGGAGAAAUACCCGGGUUCCUGGACUUCCUGUUAAAAAUACGCCCCGACCCGAAUGGCACCAACGAAAACAGCUUGGUGAAGCAGUUCUGGGAGCACACGUUUCAGUGCAAAUUCAACCCAGCGGACAGGGAGGACGGGGAAUCCGUCUGCACCGGCCACGAAAACAUGGAACUGGCGGAGGCAGAGUUUUUGGACGUCUCUAACCUCAGGCCCGAGUACAACGUCUACAAGGCAGUCUACGCUCUCGCUCAUGCCCUUGACGACAUGCUGCAGUGUGAGCCGGGUGAAGGACCUUUUACUGGGCGCAGCUGUGUCAGUUUGCAGGCUGUGGAGCCAUGGCAGCUCUUACACUAUUUGCGCAAGGUCAACUUCUCAACUGAAUUUGGUGAUGAAGUCUCAUUCGACGAGAACGGCGAUGCUCUGCCGAUAUACGACGUGAUGAACUGGCUGCGACUGCCUGACGGCAAGAUUAAGAUUCAAAGUGUUGGUGAAGUGAAAAGGUCUGACUCUGGAGGAGAGGAACUCACACUUAAUGAAGGCAAAAUCUUCUGGAACACUGAUUCAAAGAAGCCAACCCGCUCAGUUUGCAGUGAAAGUUGUCCUCCAGGCACUCGAAUGGCCAGAGAAAGAACACAACCUGAAUGCUGCUUCAGCUGUGUCUCCUGUUCUGAGGGAAAGAUUAGCAAUAAGAGCAAUUCCCUGGAGUGCUUCAGCUGUCCAGAGGACUUCUGGUCCAGCCCCCAGCGAGAUCACUGCAUUCCUAAGAAAACAGAGUUCCUCUCCUAUCAGGAACCGCUAGGGAUCUGUUUAACAACCACCUCACUGCUGGGCACAUUCAUCUGCGCUGUUGUUCUGGGGAUCUUCAUCUACCACCGCAGAACACCGGUAGUACGAGCCAACAACUCAGAACUGAGCUUCCUGCUCCUGGUGUCGCUCAAGCUGUGCUUCCUGUGUUCGCUGCUGUUCAUCGGACGACCCAGGCUGUGGACAUGUCAACUCAGACACGCUGUAUUUGGGAUCAGCUUUGUGCUUUGUGUGUCCUGCAUCCUGGUUAAAACCAUGGUGGUUCUGGCUGUGUUCAAAGCCUCCAAGCCAGGAGGGGGAGCCAGUCUUAAGUGGUUUGGAGCUACGCAGCAGAGAGGAACUGUUCUGGUUCUCACCUGUAUUCAAGCAGCUAUAUGCAUCGCUUGGCUUGUCUCCUCCUCGCCUGCCCCCUAUAAAAACACCCAGUACCACAAUGACAAAAUAGUUUAUGAGUGUGCAGUCGGCUCCACGGUUGGCUUUGCUGUGUUGCUGGGAUACAUCGGUAUAUUGGCUCUUCUCAGCUUCUUCUUGGCGUUUUUGGCGAGGAAUCUGCCCAACAACUUCAACGAGGCCAAACUCAUCACUUUCAGCAUGCUGAUCUUCUGUGCCGUGUGGGUGGCCUUUGUUCCUGCCUACAUCAACUCCCCGGGAAAGUAUGCAGAUGCAGUGGAGGUCUUUGCCAUCCUGGCCUCCAGUUUUGGCCUCUUGGUGGCGCUGUUUGGACCUAAAUGUUAUCUAAUUCUGCUCAAACCAGACAGGAAUACAAAGAAGGCUAUCAUAGGCCGAUACAGCAAAUCAUAACAGUUUCACUUGUUUUUAUGCUUUUGUUAAUAAUCAUGUAGGAACUAUGAAUAAAUAUUUUAAUGUAACUAUAAAUAAAACUAACCCUCUUUGCCAUUGUUAUGCUCUUUUCAUCCUAGGGAAUAAUAAAAAAAAGCUUAAAUUUUAGUAAAGUUUUGGGUCACUCCUCCAAAUAACUCCGUUCAGAUAUGUCAAUAACUUCAAUGGUCACAGAUUUAUGAAAUACAACACCAAUGAACCCAGUCAUGAAUUGUUCCUAGUAAUUAUCCUCAAUUAAAUCAGCAGGGCAACUUAAAAUCCCAGACGUCCUGCAAGGUUUGAAUGCAGGAAGUUGUUUCAGUGAUGUCCAGUCAGGGGAGCCAGUUCAAAUACUUAUAAUGAUAAGAGAAAAUCUGUCCAUUUUAAUGUUCUAUUAAUUUUUUUUUUUUUUUUUUUUGUAUGGCUUUAACAUUUCUAAGAUCAAAGUGACUCAAUUCACACGUUGCCUGUCCAACUACAUAGGAGAUUAUUGGAGCCUUGGACCUUUUUGCUGCAAGAAAACACACUGCUAUUGUGCACAAUUUCAAUUUUAGUGAAAAAUGAGAGAUCAACCAAGAAAAAAAAAAUUCAAAUUAAAAAAUCCUUUUGCUUUUUUUGCUAUUGUUUUGUUGAACAGUAUACAAUUGAUCAAACAUUUUUUAAAGGCUUUUAAUAGCAGUAACCUUUUUCUUAUUCAGCAGAAUUUUCUUUGAACGGUUGUUUGAUUACUUUUGCUUUUGCAGUCUCCAUGGCCUUCCAGACAAAGUGUCCCUUGAGUCCCCUUUCAUUUUUGUGUUGGUUUGUAACUUUGUAUUUAUUACAUUGUGUACUAUCUGUUAUGUGACUAACAAACCUAAAAAAAAAAAAAGAAUCUUGGAAAAAAUGGAUGCUAAUGGCUCAUCAGUAGUGCCAUGUAAAGUUAAAAUGUUCAAACUCUGUCGCCAGUGCGUCAUGCUUUCUCUAUCAUGGCUUGCUGCUGCCAUCUAGAGGACGCUUUAAAAAUAACACAACUUAACUAACGCGAGUGAACAAAAUACUAUUCAUUGUAUUGCCUAUCAAAAAGUGUUUUAGGGUUUGUUUCUCCACACACACACACACAC